CUAGUACGUUUGUUUCUUUUUGUUUUAGACUGCGAAUAUGACAGGCUUGUCGGAAAAGCCUAUUUUGAUUGACGGUCGUGGCCACCUGCUUGGUCGGCUUGCGUCUGUAAUUGCUAAGCAAAUCCUCAAUGGCCGAGUCGUCGUAGUUGUUCGUUGCGAAGAUUUGCAACUGUCGGGUCAUUUUUUCCGGAACAAGAUCAAGUUUUUGGCUUACCUACGGAAACGCUGUAAUGUCAACCCAGCUCGAGGACCUUUCCAUUUCCGUGCCCCAAGCCGAAUGUUGUGGAAGGCUGUCCGCGGAAUGGUUCCGCAUAAAACAAAGCGAGGACAUAACGCCCUCAGGCGUUUGAAGGUGUACGAAGGCAUUCCGCCUCCAUACGAUAGGCAAAAGCGCCUUUGCGUUCCCAUUGCGAUGAGACAGCUUUGUUUACGCCCGGACAGGAAGUACUGUGAAGUAGGCAGAGUAGCCCACGAAGUUGGUUGGAAGUACCGCGAGGUUGUCAGCAAUUUGGAGGCUAAGCGAAAGAUUAAAUCUCGCCUGUCAUACCUGCAUAAGAAGAAGUUGAAGAAACUUACCUGGAAAGCUCGUUCCAGCAUUGCUGACAAAAUUAAGGAUCAAGAUGAAGUACUGAAGAAAUACGGUUAUUUAACAUCCGAAUUCGAGAAGAAGUGGAGCCGCCCAGUUCUAAAUUCUGAACCUGCUAAGCUCGGAAGGAAAAAACGUAAAGCAGCUGCCAGCAGCGCUUAAACAUGGGCUUUUCUAUUGAAAUAGUUCAAUAAAUGAUCAAUGUCAGAA